AUGUCAUCAACAAAUUAUAUCAAUGAAACAUUAGAAGAAAUAAGAGAAAAUGAGGGCCUUAAUGAUUUCGAAGAUUUAAGUGAUAUUGAAGAAAAUAACGAAGAAAUUAAAGUAAAGUAUCAACAAGUUGGGGAGAAUAAAAAUACAAAUUUAAAAAUUCGAAAACUGACAACAAAGAUUAAACGGAACCUCAACCCAAUUCCAACAGAAUGUAGUAUCUGUGAACGUAUGGCUAGUGGCUAUAUCUUUUAUGGAGUAAUUUGUUGUGAUGGCUGUAAACACUUUUUUCACCGUUGUAUUACUUCAAAAAACACAUAUAAAUGUGAAAAAGAUGGGAACUGUAAUCUGUCUUACAGUAAAAAUGUCUGCAAAAGUUGCCGUUUCGAUAAAUGCAUAUUAAAAGGAAUGUAUAUUCAAACAUCAAAAGGACGGCAACCUGAAAAGGUUUUGGAAAUUCAAACAAUGAUUCAAAAUAAACGUAGAGAGCUUGCUAGUAAAGGAAAAUAUGUUCAAGGAAAAUCUAAUAAUUGUGCUGUUGAAGAAGUGAAUUUUGUUGAUAUGCAAAAUUCAUUAAUCGCUGCUCAAAACAAACAAUUUCUUGAUUAUCUUCUAACUGUCCAGCAAAAUGCUUGUCGUACUAAAAAUUCAGGGAUUGAUGAGUGUCAUUACAAUUCUUCGUGUAAUUCUCUCACUUCAUUGCUUAUGCGUAACGAAAAUUUAAUUGCUAUAAAACACAAAAAUAUAGGAUUGCGAACAUCUCCAAAAUCUGGUCGUAAUCCUAUGGAAGGAUUGCUUGUCUUUUCUUCGCUACCAAAAUUUCUUACGGAUCCAUUGCUCAUAAUUGUUGAUACUGCAAGAACUAUGCCUUUUUUCGAUAAAUUGGAUUUACCUGACAAGGUGAUUAAUAACUUAUUCGAUCAGAGCUAUAAAAUCCCGGAUAUUUCGAAACGAAACUUUCUUUCACUCUUAAAAUAA